AUAAAAAACAUUCGAAUACCCUGUUAAGAGCGUGACGGCUUGAUGCUCCUGCGCGCCCAAUCACUUCUUGUCUGAAGCCUCCUGCUUGCGCGAGCUACACCACCUGGCCAAUCAGAGGUCCGGUUUGGAGCCGAGGGGCGGAGCCUCCAUAUGUUUGGGUAAAAAUGAGCCAACUGUUAUUAGAAAGCUCAAUUUGUCGCUCCGAACAGCUGAAUAAGCGGCUCUACAUUAAAUAUUUCACUUACAGCUAAAACAUUUACAGCCGUCACGUUUCAGGAGGAUGAGGCCAGCAGCUUAACUAGUAACUGCAUGUUUAGUUUUAUUUUUUUUUAAUUAUUUGCCCGUUGAGUCUCACAGCAAUGAAGUCAUCGACAGAAAACAGCUUUCAAAUUGACGUCCUUCUGGAUAGAUGCGGGGUCUUCUGCAAAUACAUCCUCAUCGUUUUCAAUAUCAUCUUUACGGUUUUGGGGUUUGCGUCUCUAGUGUUUGGCCUGUGGCUGAAUUUCCAAGGUAACUCCAGAGACAUGUUCAAUGUAAAUGACGACGACAAAAAAAGCAUCGACUCCGAUAUCUUUCACAUAGUCGUCUACAUCCUGGUAAUCCUUGGCUCUGUAAUGGUGGCUUUGGGGAUUUUUGGAGAGCAUUCCGCCUGCAAUUACAAUAAAAUUGCUCUCCUAGUGUACUGUGUCUUCCUCUUCCUCCUGGCUGUGGCUGCAAUCGCAGUAGGAGCGCUCGCUUACACCAGCAAGGACACGGUUGGAAAAAAGUUUGGAGAGUUGUACAGCGACAUAUAUAAACUCUACGGGAAGAAUAAAGAUGAAACGGUGGCUGCUACUCUCAAAUACGUCCAUGGUUUGCUCCAGUGCUGCGGCUUGGACGGAGUCCAACUAACCGAGAUGGUUAAGAAGACUUGCCCGAAGGCGGAUGAUAACACGAAGCAUCUCAAUCCGCCACAGACAUGCCAACAGAACAUUGAAAGCUUCAUUGACCAAUGCGCACCGCAGGUGACUGCCGUCUUCGUUGGAACCGGAGCUCUUUUGAUCACACAAGUCGUCUGCGCCGCCCUGUACAGUUCAAAGAUUCAGCGGGACUCUGAAGCUCCUCAGUAAAUUAUUCAGACUCUCUUCGUGUCACCCCUCUGGUGUCUGAGCUGCAGACAGCUAGUAGUUUUCAUCUCCGAUAGGUUUCCAUCUCACUGCACAAUUACAGAAGCUUCCUUCAGGCCAAAGAGUUGACAUGAACUUUCUUCCACCGUUUCUUGCUGCAUCUGAAAGUCUGCAGUUUUCUGAACCACAAGGCUGCAGGGAAGGUGGCUUCAGGACGUGUAAAUGCAUCCAGAGGGCCACCACCGCCUUGAGGCUUGUGCUACAGGAAUCAUGAUGCCAAGAUGAGAAUUGUUGGCAGCAACGGUUGUGAUAAGGGCCAAAGACAAAGUAACCUCUGAUUGAGAAACGCCAAGACGACAGAAGAUCUGCUGAAAAAAGGAUAGAGAGUAGAGAGCCGGUGCAGUUUUCCUGUUGAGUCUACCAGAUUUUUGGGACAUCUAAGAAAUGCUUAGAAAUUUAGCCAUAAAUAAAACGGGUGGAUUAAAAACCUACUCUAGGAUCAACGUCUUCCAGCCAAGUCUGGCAAAGAUCCAUUUAGAAAACAGUGGAAGUAGUAUAUCCCAAGAACAGAGAAGUUUAGGGUUCCCACAUGUAGAAAUACAGAAAUGUUCCAGUCACUCUCCAGAGUUCUCAGUUCUUUGUGUUUAUUUAAAAUAUAAAGUUCAUCAUAAAGUUAUAACAAAAGGAUUCAGGCCGAGUUGGAGUCGUGCUUUUGAAAGUUUUCGAUAUACAUCAUACAUCAGUAUGUCAUUAUUGUCCACUUAGGGAAGUUUCCUUGCAGCAAGGUGAGAGAAAAGGAAAAUCAACAUCAGCUAAACAGUUAAAAGUUUAUGUACAAAUAUCAAUAAAAGCCUGAUUACAUUUGAAAUCUGAAUAACAGCCUUGCUAAUAAGAUCUUUGCCAUCUGUUGAUUCUUGAUUUGGGCUGCCUGAAUCUCUUCCCAGAUGGUAGAAGCUAAAAUUCACCAUGAAGUGGGAGAUUUGGAGAAUAGGGCAAUGUCUUCCUUUUGUAGAAAUCUUUAAAAAGGUUUCUGCUAAAUCAGGUGAUCUAAAACCUGUAAUUUUGUUGGCUACUUUUGCUUGGUCCCGUUCUCGUCUCCGGCUGAGACCAUCAAACCGGGUGACUAAAGCGAGGACAGAUCCAGAGAGCUGUAGAAAACUGUCAACUUGGAGCCGUCUCUCCAAAAACGAACCAAAAAUGGAUCAAAUGUCAGCAUUAGAGCCUGAGGUUCUCCCUACACUGUGGUAGAACAGGCAGAAAUUAAAUUGAAUUUGAAGUAAUUGGCCAAUUUCAGAACAUGAUCUGAGUCGUUUUGCUGCAAGGGUAAAGUCUGGAAAUGAACGAGUCUUUGUGAAUAGAAAGAGUUUCUGUUCUAUAAAUGUGCAAACAAAUGUAGCGGAAUAAACAAAUCACUGUGACAUGCCGUUGUUAAAAUCGGGGCUGAGAACUCUUCUGUUUAAAAGUAUUUUUACUUUGAUCGACAUAUCAUUUUACUCCAACUUUUAUAUGUUAACUAUGUUGCUUUUAGUUUCUGUAAGAUGACCUUUGUGGGACCUGAAAGCCACAUUUAAAAUAAAAUGUAUUUUAACAUGCAAAUGUUGGAAACAAACUACAAACGGCUAAAUUUAUUCCCCCCUUCAAAACAGACAAUUUGUACAGGUUUUUUGAUAAAACACAGAA